GGUCUCCUUUUUGUUUUCGCUUGCAUCUUUCUCUCCUCGCGUUGCGUACGGGUAGGCAAACGAACAGCGCAUCAACCAUCUUUUUCGCUACAAAACGGAGUGCUGACAACCAAUACUGCUAAUGUAGAGACAGCGACACAAGGACAGAUGCGUUCGUCCACGUCUGGAUCCACCAGCGCACCAAUGGGACACCCCGUACCGCCAAACGCACCGGUGCAGUUCAGCCUGCUGUAUCGGCUACACCACACCGCGUGCUCCAUCACGGCUCGCAACUCCACCUCGCCGCUUCGCCUGUCCGGGUCGUCGUCUUCGUCUCCUUACGCCCCAUUCACAGCGGGUGCUGAUGCCAAUGCAGCAGGCUACGUGACACCGCCACAGAGCAGAACACAUGCCAUUGCUACCACCACGGGCCCCUACCCACACCCACCCGUCUCCUCCUCCCCUACGUCGUCUCCCCCGGCAACGUGGUCGCCCAGCCCAAGACAUCGCAUGGCGGGCGACGCAGGUCAGGGCGUCUCCUCGACGCCCUUGCUCUCCACGAUGGACAAGCGAGAGCUGUCCAAGGUGGUGGUCCGGGACGCCGUGUACGCGCGGGUGCUGGACCUGGUACCGGGUCGACAGCAUGUUCAGGUGGCAGUGUGGACGCUGUCGCCGCACAUCAUUCAGAUCGAUGGCGCGGUGGCGGUCGCGGCUCCUCUGCACGAUUCGGAAGGGUUUUUGUCUUCCUUCUCCACUCUGAACGAGUCCGACUUUCGCCGGGUGGUGCAGGAGCGGUUGCAUGAACUGGCGGUGGAUGCAAGCCUCUUCGCGUCGCUUCUACAACCGUACCUCGGCGAUGUGGGCUGCCGGGGCGACAUUGUAACGGCCACGGUGGACGGGGUGCAAUGCUGAUUACCCACAGGAGAGGUAGAUGCCGUUCCGCGAAUAUGAUCCUGAUGAUCUGGUUUUGGUCAGACGGUUGGGUUUCUUUGUGGUGCCCGUAGCUGCGGCCUGAACACCAGUUCCAUUGCUUGAAUUGGCGACCGAUGCGCUGUCUUCUCUGUGUGACGUUUUCUGAUGGACUUUUUUCGCGAACCGCCUCCGUUUCGCUUUCUUCUUCCUGCUGCGUUGCAGCGGUUUUCGCGUGCGCCUCGCUGUGAGGAAGCUGCAGCGAUGGCUGACAGUCUUUCUCAAGCGACGUACGCAGCAGCCGCAAGCUGUGAAACAAACAGCGUAGAUAACAUUUUAUUUUCUUUUAAAUUGAUCUUCGUCCUGUGGUGCACAGAAGUUUCUCUGAGCAGGGCAACGCAACCUCCUCCUCCUCUGUUUUCCCUUUUUUCUGGGCUUUACCUGUUGCCUUUCUUUUUCGGUUUCU